AUGAAUCUCUUUUUACCAUGGUCUGGACCAUCGACCGUCAUCAUCAUUGCCAUCAGCAUGAGCUCAGCACCAGCACCAGAUACCUUGAACCAGAAUGAACCUCAGGCAACCAUGCACCCCGCGUACGGGGCAAAGAAAAGAAAAACAGAGGAACAUGCGCCACAUCCGACGGGGCUUUGCAGCUUAGACAUUGUCCUGAAGCCGCGAUGCAAGACAUCUGCUCCCACCAUGAUUGAAGAAAUGCAAAGCCCGACCCUCUGA